CUUCGGAUAUGAUUUCUUCCUCCACCUCCUCUGUGUUUGUGUCUCAGGAGCCUGUUCUACCCUGUUGUGGCUGUAAGAAGGCAAAACAUUCUACUGAUCACAGCAUCUCCUCUGGAUCAUUAUGCAACAGCUCCAGCCUGUCACACCUUUCUGUCAUUUCUGAAGGAACAACCUGUCAACUCCAGAGCCUUAGUUUACCCAUUUUACCCAAAAACCAGUCUUCUGUGCUCAGGAACCAAGGCACAUCCCUGCCCCCUUUUCAACUCUCACAGCUUGAGAAAUCAAAUCUUUUGGAGGAUUUGGCAGCUCUUUCACCAUUAAGGUCUCAAAGCUCUGUUUUUGAAUCCCCAGGUCUCUGUCAACAAGAACAAACAAAGAAUGGGAGAGGGAGCAAGAGUCAUUUGACAUUGGAUCAUGGGUCAAGUUCUAUCUGCAAGGCAAGACCACGAUUCUCAGGGCGGGCUCCACUCCAGCUCUCUCCUUUGGCUAGGUGGAAGUUAGAAGGACAUAUGGCUUGGAAGGUUUGUACUUUGAAGGAACAAACAGUUCCUCUGCCUGUGAAGGAAUCAUGGGAAAUGCUGCAUUAUUUAACUGAGGCACGAGGAGGAGUAGUCCCUGAACCAGAGAAACCUCAAAUGCAGGUAUCUAUGCCUACCCAUCAAAGCACUGAACAAAGUAUCAACAAUAAAUCCCCAAACUGUCCAUCAUUCCAGCUCCAUGUGAAUAUUGGAGUGGAAUCUGGAUUGAAUAGAACAGAAACAAAAAUUUCACAGUCACUUAUCCCAGGUAAGCUGUCACAACUGGGGGAUGGCCCCCAAAUCGUUGAAUCCAGGCCCUUAGUUACAUCACUGGGCACUCCACCUCCCAAAAGUUUAGGAGUUGACAUAGUUCAAGGGGAAACCAAUUUCCUGCAGAAGAAGCCAAAACACAUCCUAGAGCUUAGUAUAGAGCAGAGGGUCAUAGGUUUUCCGGAAAAAAGGAUGCAGCAGCAUGAGACCCAAGUGACUAAAGUGGAGCUGGCCCCAAGGCUAUCAUAUCAAGUUACAGAUAGCAUAAAGGUAACUCCAUUGGCAUUACUUCAAGUCAUGGAUUCAAUGGGGAUCAUCCCAGAAUCACAUUCAGAAGUGACAGAAUCUGUGGGUUUGUUCCCACAGCCACCAGAUGAAGUUGGGAAACCAGUGGAAACGAUGAAAAGAGUGAGUGUAAGCACAAAACCAUCAUAUCAAAUCACUGAAUCAGUGGAGGUAACAUCAAGUCCUCAGCAUCAAGUUAUGAAAUCAAAGAUGACCUCCAGAUCACCGAAUCACGUCACAGAUAAUGUGAAGGUAACUCCUGUAGCAUUGCUUCAAGUCAUGGAUUCUAUCGGGAUGAUUAAAAAAUCACAUUCACAUAUCAUAGAAUCAGAGGGAAUAACCCCAAGAACACAGUAUCCAGCCAUGGAGUCUGGAGAUAUAAACACAUCGUUGGAUCAUGAAGUCAUGCCACCAGGAGAGAUAGGUCCACAGGUAGGACAUGAAGUUGUGCAAACUGUGGAAAUGACUGUAGGGCCACAGUUUAAAGUUGCUGAAUCCGUGGACAUAACCUCAAGGCCACAAAAUCAAGCCAUAGAACCAUUGAACAUUCCUCCAGGACCAGUGUGUCAAAACACAAGAUCCCUGGAAAUGAUCUCCACUCCAUUGCAUCAAGUUACAGAUUACACAAAAGUAACUCCAGUGGCACUAUUACAAGCUGUGGAUUUCAUGGGGAUAAUUCCAUCAGCACAGUCACAUGUUAUAGAAUAUGGAGAUUCACAGUCUAAAAUUGCAAAUUUGACCCCAGGAGUGACUCAACCAGAUGGUUUGACUUCCGGCUCUCCUACUACUAUUGGUUCACCUGGAGUUGUAGAAACUGUGGGUUUACCUCCAAAGCCACCACCUAAAGUCACAGAAUCAGUAGGGGUGAUUCCAAUGCCAUCACAUCAAUCCAUACAUUCUCUAAAGGUAACUCCAGUAGCCCUGGGGUCACCCAUGGGAAUGAUCAUAGCAUCACAAUCACAAAUUGUGGAAACUCCGGAUUUGACCUCAAGGCCAGUAUCUCAAGUCAAAGAACCUCUGGAGUUGACCCCUGGGUCAUGGAUUCAGGUGCUGGACUCUGUGGGGAUGACUCCACAACCAUAUCAUCAACGCACAGAAACUAUGGCAUUAACCCCAGGCCUAUCUCAUCAAGUCAUAGAGUCUUCAAGGAUGACUCCGUGGGAUCAAAUCUUAGAACCUUCAGAGAGGAGUCCAAGGCAAAGCCACCAAACUAUAGAGACUAGAGGGUUGGCCUCUGACCCCACAGUCACAAAUCUAACUGAGUUGACACAGUCACCUCAUCAAAUAAUGGAAUCUUUAGGUACAGUCCCGAGGUCACUGGGUCAAAGUACAGCAUCUGAGGGAAUGAAUCAAGAGCCACUGAAUCAAGUCACAGAUUCUGCAGUAUUGACCACUACAUCACUACUGCCAGAUGUAGACUAUUUGGGGGUGAAGCCAAUGCCACAGCUUAAGGUUGUGGAUUCCAUGAAGUUAUCCCCAGGAUUACAAAAUGUAAAACCUAUAGACGGAACCUCAGGUUCAAUCCCACAAAUGGCAAAAUAUGGACAGUUGAUCCCAACUGUGAACUCCAUAGAAUCGGCCCCAGAACUUCAACUGCAGGUUGUAAAAUCUGAUGGGUUGGCACCCAUUCCACUGCUGGAAAGUGGGAAUUCUGUGCAGUUAGCCCCAACGUCUCAGCUUCAAGGUCUGCAAUCUAUUCGUUUAACUCUAGGAACACAAGAGCAAAGUGGAAAAUCUGCUGAGUUAGCCCCAGCACCACAGUUACAGAAUAGGAAAUCAAUGGAGUUGACCUCCAGUCCACAGUUGCAAGGUCUGGAAUAUGUUCAUUUGGCCGUGCCACCAGAGUUUCCAGAUAUAAAAGCUGUGGAUCAACUGAUCCUAAGACCACUACAGGAAGACAUGAAAUCCAUGGAGUUGGCCCCAGAGCCACGGUUACCUGAUGAAAGACCAGAGGAGAUAGCUCCAGCACUCUUACUUAAAGAUGUGAAAAUUCCUCGAAUGGUAGAAUGCAGAAGGUUGAUUCCUAAAACACAGGUGGAAGGUAUGAAAUACGAGGAGCCGAUUUCAGGGGCACGCAUUCGAGCAGUGAAAUCUGCAGAGCUCAACCUCAAGCCAAAUCAUGAAGCCAUAGAUCCCGAAGGAUUGACUCCAUGGCAUCAAGCUUUAGAAUCUUCAGGAAUGAUCACAGAGCCAGGAUACCAAGGAGCAGAAGCAGAGUUGACCUCUGACACUUGUCACCAGAGGAAAGAAUCUAUGGAGUUGAAACAAUCAUCUUUAGGAAGUACUCCAAGGCCAUUGAGCCAGACUUUAGAAUCUAUGCAGAUGAACUCAAUGCCAUUCCAAGGUGCUCUUGAGACAAUGCUCCAAGGCGUAAAAGCCUUGGAGACUCGGAUGUCUCAACGCACAAUACAAGAAUCUCCAGAGUUGGUACCAGGAUCAGAGAUUCAAGAUCUGACCCCAGAAGUGAUGAACCCAGAGUCUCAAGGUAUGAAGUCUGUUCAUCUGAAUCUAGGACCAUAUUCCGAUUUUAUGAACUAUAAGGAGUUGGCCUCAGAACCACAAUUUCAAAGUGUGAAAUCUGUGCCAUUGACCCCAGGACCACGGCCCCAACAUACAAAACCUGAGAUGUUGACUCUAGGGCCACUAAUGCAUGAUAAUAAAUUUGUGGAUUUAACUGUACCACUGGAAGCAUCUGGGAGGUUAAUUCCUGAAACACACUUACAUGUUGAAUCAAGGAAAGUUACCAUGGAACCACACUUAGAAGCAAUGAAAUCUCUGGGUUCAACUUCUAGAUCAAGGCAUCAGGACACAGCCUCUGCAGCUUUAGCUUCUGAGAUCUGGCCACAAGAGGAGGAAUCUGUGAAGUUAAUCCCACAGCAAGUCACGGAAACUGCUGGGAUGAUGCCAAGGCCACAUUUUCAAAAGUUUUCAGAGAUGACCUUGGGACCAGGCCAUCAAGGCACAGAAACUGCGCGGCUGACUUCUGAGGCUUUGCUCCAAAUGGCAUUAACACAAAAACCAACAGGUCAAGUUAUGGAAUCUACAGGAAUGACUCUAAAGCCACAUUGUCAAGUUACCGAGCCUUCGGAGAUGCCCGUAAGGUCAGAACAUGAAAAUACAGAAAAUUUUGGGUUGGCAUUGCUUCCAGUUGAAAAUAUCCAGGAGACAAUGCCAGUACCACCAUAUUUAGUACAAGGAUCUCCGGAAUUGACUUUAGGACCAGGCAUGCAAUAUGAGAAAUCAGAGCCACUACUGCAAAAUUUGAAAUCUGUGAUGUCAACCCCUGGAACAUCCCCAUUAAUGGAAGGAUCUAAACAAUUUAUCACAGGAGCAAAACGACAUGUUCUGGAGUUGACCGCAGAGCCACAGCUCCAGGGAGUAAAGUCUAUGCAGCUGAAGCCAGAGCCACAAUUACAAGAUGUGGAAUAUGUUAAUGUAAUUCAACAGCUAGCUACUACUGGAGUGGUAGGAUCUGAGAAGCUGGUACAAGAACCAGUACUACAAAGUAUACUAUCAGAAGACUUGACUAAGGGGGCACAGCUUCAAGGUGUGAAAUUGACCCCAGGGCCGCAUUUACAAAGUGUCAGAUUUUCAAAGUUAUCCCCAGGGCCACUUCUUCAAGGAGAAAAACCUGUAGAUUUAAUCUCAGGAUCCCCACAUCACAGUGUGAAAUCUGAUGAACUGACCCCAGGUUCACCAAUGCAAGAGAUGAAAUCCUUAGAUUUAACCCCAGGGCCAAACCAUCAAAGCGUUAUGUCUGUACAAUUGACUCCAGAAUCACAAACUCAGAGUAUGAAAUUUGUGAAACAAAACUCAAGACCACGCUUGCAAGAUGUCAGAUUUUCAGAUUUGACCUCAGAACCAAAGCAUCAAGGUUUCAAACGUGUGCAGUGUGUACCAGGAACACAGCUUCAAGAUAUACAGUCCGUAGGAUUUGAAACAGAAUCAUCUUUGCAAUCAAACCAAGGGCUCUUGAAUGAGAAUAUGAAAUCUCUUCUGUCUAUUGAAGGAUUACAGUUUCACAGCAUGGAAUCUAGGAAAUUGACCAAAGAACUACAGUAUCAAGGUGUGAAGUCUCAGGAACGGAAUCUAGGACCAAGGCAGCAAGAGGUGAAAUUUUCUGAAUUGACGUAUGGGCCAAAGCUUCAAGGUGUCAAAUUUGGGGAGCAAACCCCAGGAUCAGUGUUUGAAGGUGUGAAUUCUGUGGAGAUGACCCCAGAAUUAGGGCUUCAAUAUUCUAAAUUAGCAAAGACGUCUUCGGGGCUUCAAGAUCGAAAACAGGUGGGGCUUAGCUCAGGGCCAUGGCUACAAGAUAUCAAAUUUUGUGAUCUGACAUCAAGAAGUCAACCUUCCAGUGUGAAAUCUUCAGAGUUAAACUCAGGGCCACAGCUACAGCAUGUGAAAUUUUUUGAGUUGACCCCAAAGCCAAAGAUGAAAGGAAUAAGAUCUAUGGGGUUGUCCCCAGGACCUCAAAAGCAAGUGGUCAAGCCUGAGGUAUUAGUACCAGAGACAUUGUUUCAAGGCAUAAAACAUUUCGUGGUGGGCCAAAUGUCUAACUUGGAAGGUAACGGUUCUUAUAAAUUCGUCUCACAACCACAGAAACCAGAUGCAAAAUCUAUGGAGUUGACUCCUGAGUCACAGUUGCCAAGAGUAAACUAUUCUGAGUCGACUAGAAGACCACAUUUACAAGCUAUAAAAUCUUCUGAAAUGAUCCAAGGGCCACACGUGGGAGGUGUGAAACCAAUGGAGCUGACACCAGGCUCAAAACGUCAAGGUUUAAAAUCUGAGUUGUUGAUCUCAGAGCUGAAAGAUGUGAAAUCUGUGGCCACAGCUACAGGACAGUGUCUAAAAGGUAUGAAAUCUAUGUUGUUAACCCCCAGUCCACAGCUGGAAGGUGAGAAAUCUAUGGAGACAACCACAGUGCAAGGGAUAGAACAUGUCAAAUCUGUGAAAGACACCAAAGAUACUAAGCUUCAAGUUGCAACACCUGACUUGGCUCUGCAUGCAAGAAUUCAAGAAUUCAAAGGAGUGGAGAUGGUCCCGAGAACACAACCGCAAGAUGUGAAAACCGUGGAACUGAAAUUUGGGCUAAAGAUGCAAGGUGAGAAACCUGUGCCUUUUGCACCAGGACCAUUGCUCCAAAAGUCUGAACCGCAAGAUGUGAAACCUGAGGAAUUGACUUUAGAGCCACAAACGCAAGAUAGGAAGGUUGUCGACAGUACCCCAUGUGGAAAGCAUCAAAGCUUAAAAUCUGUAGAGGAAACUCCAGAUUCAGAGCUGCAACAUGUGAAAUCUGUGAAAUUGACCCCACGGGUAAAGAAGCAGGAAGUAAAAUCUGGGAAUGUGACCAGACGAGCAAAGUUUCAAGGAGUAAACUCUGUAGACUUAGCCCCAAGCCAACAGUUUCAAGGGAUGGCACUCAUGAAUCUCACUUCUGGGCCAGAACAGGAUGGCAAGAUAUCUGUAAUCUCAUCAAAGCAGCAAUGGAAGAAUUCAGAGCAACUGAAGAGAAGGCUUAAGGCAGAAGAUGGGAUGUCUCUGGAGUUAAUUCCAGAACUAAAAUUUAAAGGCAGAAAAUUAGAAGACCUCAAUUUUGAGUUAGGAUUUGAAGAUAUAAAAUCACUUGAUUGGACUCCUGAAUCAAAUAUUCAAGGUUUAAAACCUAAGGAAUUCAACCUUGAACCACAGUUGCAAAGCCUAAAAUCUCCUAAGUUGACCCCAGGGCCCCAGUUGCACCAAGUAAAACCCUCAGAGUCAGCUUCAGAGCCACAGCUUUGUGUAAAAACUCUUGAGUUACAACAAGAGCCGCUGCUUGAAAGUAUGAGAUGUAUUCAGUGGAUACCGGGACCUAAGUUCCAAGCCGUGAAAUCUGUAGACUUAAAUCUUGGGUCACAUUCUCCAGGUGUUAAAUCUGCAGGGUUGAAAUCUUCGACACAGUUAAGAGAUGUAAAGUCAUCUGAAUUGACUCUAGGGCCAAAACCUCAAAGUGCAACAUAUACAGAGUUCAACCUUGGGCCACAGCUGCAGAAUGUGAAAACCCCUGAGGUGCUACCAGGACCACAGCUGCAAAAAGGGAAGGCUUUGGCAUCCACCUCAGAGCCACAGCUUCAAGAUGUAAAAACUACUGAGUUCAAAAAAGAGCCACAGCUUGAAACUGUGAGACGUAUUCAGUGGAUACCAGGACCUGAUUUCCAAGCCGUGAAAUCUGUAGACUUAAAUCUCGGGUCACAUUCUCCAGGUGUUAAAUCUGCAGGGUUGAAAUCCUCGAUACAGUUAAGAGAUGUGAAGUCAUCUGAAUUGACUCCAGGGCCAAAACCUCAAAGUGCAACAUAUACAGAGUUCAACUUUGGGCCACAGCUGCAGAAUGUGAAAACCCCUGAGGUGCUACCAGGACCACAGCUGCAAAAAGGGAAGGCUUUGGCAUCCACCUCGGAGCCACAGCUUCAAGAUGUAAAAACUAUUGGGUUCAAAAGAGAGCCACAGCUUGAAACUGUGAGACGUAUUCAGUGGAUACCAGGACCUGAUUUCCAAGCUGUGAAAUCUGUAGAGUUAAAUCUUGGGUUACAAUCUCAAGGUGUCAAGUCUGCAGAGUUGAAAGCUUUGAAACAGUUAAGAGAUAGAAGGUCAUCUGCGUUGACUCCAAGGCCAAAGCUCCAAGAUAUACAAUCUUCGUCAUCACUCCAGGAACAUCAGCCUCAAGGUUUCGAUUUGAAACCUUGUCUACAGGUUAGAAGUGUGAAAUCAUGUGACCUGACUUCAAAGUCAAAGUUUUGUGAUAUAAAAUCUAUGACAUUCAAAUCUAGGCUUUGCUUGCAUGAUAGGAAAUCUACUAAAUUGACUGCAGGACCAAAGCUUCAAGAAGUGAAAUCCUUACAGUCAUCCCCAAGAGCACAGCUUCAAGGUGGGAGGUCUCUAGUGCUUGCGGAAGGGCCACAGCUUCCUGACACAAAAUCUGGGGUAUUAAGCCAAGUGUCACAAUUACAAAGUGGUACAACUAUAGAGCUGAACUCCCCACGACACUUGAAAAGGAUGAAGUCAUCUGAGUUGACUCUUCGGACAAAGCUUCAAGGUGUGAAAUCUGAGAAUUUCAACUCUGGGUCACAGUGGCAAGAUCUAAAAUCUUCUAAGUUAUCACCUGAGAUAAAGUCCCAAGAUAUGACAUUUAUUGAGUUAAAUCCAAGUUCCCAGAUGGAAGGCAUAACCUUUUCUAAACCGACUGCAGGGACAAAGAUUCAAGGUGCCAAAUUUACAGAUUUGUUUGGGUCAUCGUUACAAGGUGUGAAUGCUGCUGAGGGGACCUCACAGUCAAAGCUUCAAAGUGUAAAACAUAAAGAAAGCGACCCCAGUCCCCAGACGCAAGUUGUGAAAUCCUCGGACCUGAACCUUGGAUCAGAGCUUCCAAAUAUGAAACUGGCGUCCAGCCCUGAGCCACAGUUUCAAGGAGAGAAAUGUUCUAAGUUAAUCUCAGAAACAGAGUGUCAAGAUGUGGAAUCUGUGAAGUUCAAACCUGGGCCACAGUUGAGGGGUAUGAAAUCUUCCGAACUGAUAUCAGGGACAAAGCUUCAAAAGGUGCAAUCAGUGGAUUUCAAGUCAGCCCCACAGUUACAAGAUAUGAAACCUUCUAGGUUGAUCAUGGGUAUAAAGCUUCAAGACAUUAAAUCUACGAAUUUCAAGUCUGGACCACACUUGCAGGAUGUGAAGUCUUCUCAAGUGAUCCCAAGGGAAAAGCUUCAAGGUAUGAAAUCUGUAGAACUGAAACCUAAUCCAAAGUUACAAGGUGAGAAAUCUUCUGAUUUGACCCUGGGGAGGAAGUUUCCAGCUGUGAAAUCAGGCCCACAGUUACAAGAUGUGAAAUGCUCUGAGUUGAUCAUGGGUAUAAAGCUUCAAGAUACAAAAUCUACGGGGUUCAGUUCUAGAUCACACUUUCAAGGUAUGAAGUCUUCUAAAGUGAUCCCAGGGUCAAAGCUUCAAGAAGUGAAAUCCUCUGAGUUCAACCAUGGUCCAAAGCUACAAGGUGGGAAAUCUAAUUUAACCCAGAAGAGGAAGUUUCAAGGUAUGAAACCGGUGGAGUUCAACCCUGGACCACAGAGACAAGGUGAGAAAUCUGAUUGGAUACCUGAGUGCAGGCUUCGAGAUUUGAAAUCAGUUGAGUUAAAACCUGUUCCACAGUUACAAGGUGUAACCUCUUCUGAGUUGGCACCAGAAACAAAGCUUCAAAGUGGAGAAUCUGUGGAGUUCCUUGCCAGACCCAUGAAGCAAGAUAUGAAAUCUCUUGAAUGGACUCUAGGUGCAAAGGUCAAAGAUGUGAAAUCUUUGGGGUUUGGGUCAGCCCCACAGUUACAAAACAGGAAACUGCAUAUGUUGACACCAGGGGCACACCUUCAAGGUGUGAAAUCUAUGAAAUUCAACCCCGGGGCAAAGUUGCAAGGUGCAAAAUCUCCUGAGUCCAUAAACCUUCGAAUAAUGAAAACGACAGAAGUCAAACAUGACCCAGAAUUUCAGGUUGCAAACCCCUCUGAGUUAGCCUUGAAAUCAAAGACUUGCAGUGUGAUAUCUUCUGAGUUCAAAGCUGGGAAACAGUGGCAAGAAGAGAAAUCUUGUAAGUUGAAACCAUGGCCAGAGCUUCAAAGUAUGAAAUUUAUGGUAUACAAUCCUGGACCACAUCUGCAACAUAUAAAAUCUUCAGAAUUAUGCAAAGAGACAAAGCUUCACGAUGUGAAAGCUAUGGAAUUCAAUCCCGAGCAGCAGUUGCAAGAUGUGAAAUCUCCCGAGUUAUGCAAGGGAACAGGUAUGCUUCAAGGUAUGCAGUCUUUUGAGCUCAAUCCUGGGCCACAGCUACAAGAGAUAAAAUCUGAGUUGUGCACAGAUGUGAAGCUUCCAUAUGAGCAAUUUCUGGAAUUCAAGCAUGAGCCUAAAUUACAAGGUGGGAAAUCCUCUGAAUUGAAUCCAGGGCCACAGCUUCAGUGUACAAAUCUUGUGGCAUUCAGCACUGGGCCACAAUUGAAAGGUGUAAAAUCUGAGUUGAAUCCUCAGCCGGGGCUUCAAGGUAUAAAAUCUCAGGUGUUCUGCCUUGGGCCACAUGUGCAAGGUGUGAAUUCUUCUGCAUUUAUUUCAAACCCAAAACUGCAGUGCGUAAAUUCUUUUGGAUGCAACCCUGAGCCACCUUUGCAAGGUAUAAACCCUUCUGAAUUAACUUUAGUUUCAAAACUUCAAGGUAUGAAGUCUUCUGAAGUGAGUUCAGGGACAGAGAUUGCAAGUGAGACAUCUAUGGUGUUCAACCCUGACCGGCAUUUGCAAGAUAUGAAAUCUGAAUUGAUUCCAGGGUCGAAGUUUCUAGGUGUUGCACCUAUGGAAUGCAACCCUGGGCCACAGAUGAAGUGUGUAAAUUCUUCUGAGUUGAAUGCAGAGCCAAAAUUACAAUGUGUAAAUUCUAUGGGGUGCAAACGUGGGCCACUUUUGGAAGGCGUACAGUCUUUUGGGUUGACUUCAGGGAGAAAAUGUCAACAAGGUAUGGGAUCUGAGGUGAAUCCAGGGACUAAGAAGCAAAGUGAGACAUCUGUGGUGUUCAACUUGGAAUCACAUUUGCAAUGUUUGAAAUCUGAAUUGAUUCCAGGGUCAAAGUUUCUAGGUGUAGCACCUAUGGAAUGCAACCCUGGGCCACAGGUGAAGUGUGUAAAUUCUUCUGAGUUGAAUCCAGAGUCAAAAUUACCAUGUGUAAAUUCUACGGGGUGCAUACUUGGGCCGCCUUUGCAAGGUAUACAAUCUUUUGAGUUGACUUCAGGGAUUAAAUGUCAAGGUAUGGGACCUUUUGAUUUGAAUCUGGGAACGGAAGUUCUAGGUGUAAAAUCUGUUAUGUUCAACCCUAUGCAACAUUUACAAAAUGUGAAAUGUGAAUUGACUCCAGGGACACAGUUUCAAGGUAUAACAUCACGGGAGUUCAACUGGGGCCCACAGCUGCAAAGCAUGAAUUCUUCUGAUUUGAAACCAGGGUUAGAACUUCAAUGCAUAAAUUCCAUAAAGUUUAAUCCAGGGCCACAGAUGCACGGCACAAAGCCCUCUGAAACUAACCCUACAUCAGAAUAUCAAGGUACAAAAUCUAUUCUGUUCAACGCUGGAGCAUAUUGGCAAGGUGUAAAAUCUUCUGAGUUAAUUCCAGGGACAAAGUUUCCAGAAAUCCAGUUUUUGGAGAAUCACUGUGGGUCACAGCCACAAGUUGUACAGUCGGUGUUCACUUUAGGCUCUCCGUUAAAUGGUAUGAAAUCUGUGUUAUUUUUACCAGAGCCACUGCUUAACGAUGUAAAGUCGGUGGAGAUGAACAAAGAGCCACUGCUUUGUGGUGCAAAUUCUGUGAAACUGAUUUCAGGCUCCGAGCUGCAAGACUUGAAAUGUGAGACGUUUGCACUAGAGCCAUGUUUUAAAAAAAUGAAAUAUGUGGAGUUAAAUCCAGGGCCACAUCCUCAAGGUAUGAAUUCUGAGGAGUUGCCCUCACACCUUAGACGACAUAGUGUGAGAUCUGUGGUGUUUGCACCAAAGCUGUGUUUUCAAGAUGUGAAAUCUCUGGAGUUGAAACCAGGACCGCAACCUCAAAAUGUGAAUUCUAAGGAUUUGAAUUCUUGCCUCCGGCAGAAAUCUGUGGUGUUUGAAUCAGAGCCACGUUCUCAAGAUGUGAAAUCUUUGAAAUCAAACCUAUUGCCACAUUGUCAAAGUGCUAAUUCUUUAGGGUUGUCAACAUGCCUCAAGUCACCACAUGCUAACUCUGAGACCUUUGCACCAGAGCCAUGUUUUCAAGAUAUGAACUCGGUAGAAUUGACACCAGGGUUCCAACAGCAAGGUACGAAUUGUCGAGAGCUGACUUCAGGAUGGCAAGGUAUGAAAUCGGUGGUGUUGGCACCAGAGGCAACUAAAAAGUUUGCACCAGGACCAUUGUUGACUAGCGUUAAAUUUUCAGAUUGGUCUCCGGAAUCACAGCAACGAGAUGAGAAAUCUUUGGAGUUUACUCCAGAUCCAAAGUUGCAAAGUAUAAAACAUGUGAAAUUGUCCUCAGCCUCUCUACAGCAAGAUACAAAAUCUGUAGAGUUAGCACCGGGGGCACUGCUUCAAGGAACAAAAGCUGAGAUGCUAAAUCGGAAAAGAAGCUAUCAAAUCACAGACUCUGAGAUAAUCCCUAGGCCAGGGCAUCAGUUUGUAGAAUGUGCAGAGAUGAUCCCGACACCAAAGCAUCAAGUCCCUAAAUCUAUGAAUUUGAUUUCAAUACCAGUUUAUCACAUCACAGAAAGGUUGGCACAUCAAGGCAACGAAACCACAGAAAAAUCUGUGGAGUUGACCCCAAAGCCAACAAGUAAAGCCAUGGAUUCUUCAAGAGUGCCUCUAAGGCUAGAUCUUCAAGUACCAGAAUCUGUUGAUCGGACUCCAGUGCUAAGGAAUCAAGGUUCUAAAUCCUCGAAAUUAACCCUAAAGAAAAGCUACCAAAUCCCAGAAACUCUAGAGUUGCUCUCUGAGUCACGGCCUCAACUUAGAGAUUUGAGAGAGUUACAUACAAGGCCACUGCAGCAAGCUGUAGGAUUUGAAGAGAUUACACCAGAGCCCAGGCAUCACACUACAGAAACUGUGGGAUUGACCUCCAAGGCAAGGCAAAAAGGGAAGGAAUUCCUCGGAGUGACCCCAAAGCCAGUAAGCGAAACCACUGGAUAUUCAGAGAGAUGUCCUAGGCCCUAUCCUCAAGCACUAGAAUUUGUGGAGGUGAUCUCUGAGAAAAGACUGCAAAGAGGAGAAUCUGACGCACUGAUUACAAAGCCAUUGCAUCAUGUUCCAGAAUCUCCAGAAAUGACAUCAGGGCUAGGAUAUCAAGUUCCUGAAUCUGUGGGUUUAACCUCUAGGCAAUGGCUUCAAAGGAGACAAUCUUUAGAGUUGCUCCAAAAGCAAACAGGUCAAGCUGUAGGACACACAGAGUCUGUAGAGCUCACAUCUGAGACAUGGCAGCCAGAGAAUGGAUCAGUGGGGCUACCACAGUCAGAGAAUCAAAGUAUAAAAUAUUCACAGAGAGCUCCAGGAGUACGGGCUCAAAUUACAGAAGUUAUGAGGAUUAGUCCAAAGCCACUAGAUCAAGUCCCAGGAUCCACAAAGACACAGCUUCAAGCUGCGCUCUCAAUAGGAAUAACCCCGGGAGCCCCCCAAAAAGUUACUGAGUAUGUGAAAGUGACUCCUGGGCCACCACUUCAGGUUGUGAAGUCUGUAGCAUUAACCCCAGGGCCAGCCUUUCAAAUGAUAGACUAUGUUCAGCUGACCCCAAAACUGCAAGAUGUGAGACCCUCUGAGUUUACCUCAGAGCUGUGGUUGCAAAGUGUAAAAUCUAAAGAAUUAACCACAGAGCCAACACACCAAAUUUUGGACAUAAUGAAGUCGACAGGCUUUCAGAUUGUAAAGACUGUGUUAAUCCCAUGGCCACCACUUCAAAUUGUAAAAUCUGAGGAGUUAGCACCAGGGCCAAUUGCUCAGGUUGUAGAACCAAUAGGAGUAGCAUUAGGAUCAGCGAUAGAAGUAAUAGAUUGUUUCAAUCUUCAAGAAAUGGUAGAACCCGUGGAAUUAACUCCAAGGCCAAAUACCCAUGUGAAAUCUGCAGAAUUACUCUCACAGCCAGCAUGUCCCUUUGAGGAGCCUGCAGUGUUCACUCAUGAACAAGGGCUUCAGGCUGUGAAAGCAAUAGGGAUAAAAAUAAGGCCUCCUCAAAUGAUGGAAUCUGAGGAUUUGAAUCUACGACAGGUAUAUCAGAAUAGGGAAUGUGAGGAUUUUACAUCAAGAGAGGAGUUACAAAUAGAGAACUAUCUCUCUAGAUUUCUCCAUAACUCUUCCAACUCCCUCAUCACAAGUUCUGAUGAAACAGAAUUCGGAAGCCUUUGUGAUUUUGAGGUGCCAGAAGUAUCAAGGGCCUUGGAUAUAAGAAACAUUGGGACAGAUAUUUUUCAGCCUGAAGAGUCCUUUAUAGACCCUACUAUGAUACAAUCUUCAACUCUUCCCUUUUCCCUUCACAAUCAACUCUCUGAUAAGAUAGCUAACAUUGUAGAAACUCCACAUUUUGAGAGCUCAGGAGUGGGUGUCCUAUCUAAGACGACUGACAAGAAGCAGGUGGAAGAGCUAGGGAACUCACUCCAGGGCCUAUCCCAACAUCCACCACAAAGCUGGAGAUCACCACCUAGGACAUUCCACUCAGGCUCAAGAAUUCAAAGAGGCCUUACCAGCUCUGUCCUGGGCAGACAACAGAACGUCUGGGAGAGUCACUCCUGGAGACAGCGACUACCUCGAAAAUAUCUCUCCAAUAUGCUAAUGUUGGGGGAUGUCUUGGGAACCACGAUGGAAAGGAAGCUUUGUUCUCCAACAUCUUUAAUGGAAAGAGCCACUAGAGAUAUCCGUCAAUCUAUCCAGAAUUUAUUUGGGGUUCCAGCUGAACUGAUGAAGCCUUCCCAGAGUCUGCUAGAGAAAGGUCGAGGUGUUAUUCCUCAGCCUUCAGUGGCCAGAAACUACAUUCAGAGGCACACUUCAUGUCGUGGUCACGAGCAAAGAACAGCCUUAAGAAUAUGGACACGUAGCUCCAUGUCCUCCAUAAUACAGCAAUAUUCUGGGACUAGAGUGAGAUUAAAGAGAAGUUCAAAGCUCACUGAUAUAUCCCAGGACAUCUUUCAGCACAUACCAUUCAGCACAUCAGAGGGCCAGCCUCCUGCCCCAGUACAGCUAGAGUCUUCCUUCAAUAUAGUUUUCACCAGGAAAGAUUCUGUUCCAGUGGAAGAGAGUGAGAACUCUUUGAGUUUUGAGUCCCAACACAGUCUCAAGCCAAGUUAUCUUCCCCACCAGGCCAAGACUGACUUCUCAGAACAGUUCCAGUUGCUACAAGAUCUGCAGCUAAAAAUAGCAGCAAAACUGUUAAGGAGUCAAAUACCCCCAAAUGUACCUCCACCUCUAACUUCAGGUCUGGUUUUAAAAUACCCUAUCUGCUUACAGUGUGGCCGAUGUGCAGGAUUUAAUUGCUGUCAUAAAUUACAGGGCACUUUCGGACCUUACCUUCUUAUCUAUCCACAGCUCCACCUUGUACGCACUCCUGAGGGCCACGGAGAGAUUAGGUUGCAACUUGGCUUUAGGUUGCAAACUGGGAAAAGACCCCAAGUCCCAAAGUACCACAGAAGAGACAGACCCAUCACACCACGAAGUCCUAUAUCACCAUCGCUAAGGACAGCGAAAGUCUAUACUCGAGCUUCCAAGAGUCCUACUUCUACGAUAUAUUUCCAGUCUGGAUCUUCCCAGUCUCCUUCUCCUGUACGAGUCCACAUCAGGCGAAGGCAGUAUAGAGGCCCUGACCUAGUAGGAAAGACAGAAAUUAGAAAGCCGGGGCUCUAUGAAUUUAGUCAGGUUCACUCUCUACCAGAGAGUGUCUCUGAAAGCAAUCAGAAUGUAAAAUGGGCUAAAAGGAAAACCAAAAAGACCCAUAAUCCAAAAUACCCAUACCCAAUGAAAAGAAUCACCAAGGGAAGCAGAACACAAAACACAAAACUCUACACAAAUGGUAGAAGCAUAAUACAGAGUCCUUCUAGGGAAUUACCAGCCCAGGUAAGAAGCAAGAGGACUGGAACAUCUCAAACUACCUCUGCGUCUUUAAGAAGACAAUCUAAGAAAUCCUCCCAACCCAAAUUCAUUCAACUGCUUUUGCAAGGCCUAAAGCAAGCAUUGCAGACAGCACACAGAAUUAUGACUUCUGCCGGGCAGAAGCCCGUGGACAGGCCACGGCCAGACCAUUCGUGGUCAAGCAAAAACCAGCAUCUAAAACAAAGAGCCAGAAAUGAUUACCUAUCAAGAGAUAUCAAAAGAGACAGGAUGUCAGUUGUUAAGGUAAAGCCAGUAGACAUAACCACUAAGCAGAACAUGUUAUGGGAAGAAAGAGAGCAAUUCAGAUCAGCUCAACCACCAGAAAGAGAUAGCUCUUUCCAACUCAGACGUACCCAACUGCCUAAGCCCAUAGUUUCCCAAGGAAGUGCCGCUUUCAAAACCAGUUCACUUGGACAGCCUAUGGGUAUUGUUCAAAAUGACUCUAGCAGCAAAGGUAAGAAAAAGCUCUACAGAAGUGAAAUCUCUAGCCAGGAGUCCAAGAACUCCAAAACAGGAACCGGAGUUCAAGUCGGGGGGAGAAAUCUACAUGGUUCACCUCACAGAACCUCACACAGCCACCUUAAAGAGAAACUCGCACCCAAGAAGCAAAACCACAGCUUCUUAAGGGAGAGAACCCCAUAUAAUUCCUCUGUAAGGAGCCAUCGCAGUCCCUCUGAGAGGAGAUGUCGCAGUCCCUCUGAGAGGAGCCAUCGAAGUACUUCUCAGAAGAGCCAUCACAUUCCCUCUGAGAGGAGCCAUCACAGUCUGUCUGAAAAAAGCCAUCACAGUCUCUCUGAGAGGAGCCAUCAAAGUGCCUCUGAGAGGAGUCAUCGCAGUCUUCCUCAAAAGAGUCAUCACAGUCCCUGUGAGAGGAGCCAUCACAGUCUUUCUGAAAAAAGCCAUCACAGUCCCUCUGAUAGGAGCCUUCGUAGUCUCUCUGGAAGGAGCUAUCACGGUGCCUCUGAGAGGAGCCAUCGUGGUCCUUCUCAAAAGAGCCAUCACAGUGCCUCUGAGAGGAGGCAUCACGGUCCUUCUCAAAAGAGUCAUCACAGUCCCUCUGAGAGGAGCCUUCGAAGUCCUCAAAAGAGUCAUCACAGUCCCUCUGAGAGGAGCCAUCACAGUCUUUCUGAAAAAAGCCAUCACAGUCCCUCUGAUAGGAGCCCUCGUAGUCUCUCUGGAAGGAGCUAUCACGGUGCCUCUGAGAGGAGCCAUCGUGGUCCUUCUCAAAAGGGCCAUCACAGUGCCUCUGAGAGGAGGCAUCACGGUCCUUCUCAAAAGAGUCAUCACAGUCCCCCUGAGAGGAGCCAUCGAAGUCCUCAAAAGAGUCAUCACAGUCCCUCUAAGAGGAGCCUUCGGAGUCCUCAAAAGAGUCAUCACAGUCCCUCUGAGAGGAGCCAUCACAGUUUCUCUGAAAAAAGACAUCACAGUCCUUCUGAGAGGAGCCCUCACAGUCCAUCUCAGAAGAGCCAUCACCGUCCCUCUCAGUGGAGCCAUCGCAGUCCUUAUCAGAAAGGCCAUCACAGUCCCUCUGAGAGGAGCUAUCGCAGUCUCUCUGUAAAGAGCCAUCGGAGCCCUUCUGAGAGGAGAUGUCGCAGUCCCUCUGAGAGGAGAUGUCGCAGUCCCUCUGAGAGGAGCCAUCGAAGUUUAGGAUUAAUCUGAGAUUUUGUAAGCAAUCAAGUACCCUCAUUUGACAAGUAUUGUAAAACAAUCGUUAUUGUUGAAAUCUUUGAAAAAUAAAAGAGACCUAGGGGGAGUGGUUUCUUAACCAUGUUGAUUAAUUCCCAAGAUGUUAAUCAUGCUGAUCAUAUGAAGUAUUGUUUUUUUUGGUUGUUGUUAUUAUUGUUUUUAAUGUGCUUAUGCUUAUUCAUGAGAAGGGAUAUGGGUAUAUUUGAGUCUUACACUGACAGUGAUGAAAUUCCUAUGGUGACAGUUUACUAAGAGGAGUCAGAGGGGACUUGACUCUUAUUGGCCUCCUGAUACUAGCAAGUCUUCCAAGUAGAGAUUUCUCCCAUUGUUUUGGAUGGUGGGUUUUGGUCCUAGAGUACUGCUAAUUCCUGUUAAAAUUUUUUAUACUUUUACUGAGGUACCAUUGAAGUACAAUAGAAUGCAUCUUUACAGUAUACAUACUUAAAGCAUACAGUAUGAUCAGCUCUUUUUUUUUACAUUUUUAAAAUUUAAAUCAAAUUUUCAAUAUAGAUUAUAACAUCCAGUGCUCAUCCUAUCAAGUGCCCUCCUCAUUGCCCGUCCCCCAGUUACCCUAUCCCGCUCCCA